CCAGCAUGACACGCCCUUUCGUCGGGCAUCUAAGCUUCAUACCACUCUAAUGAAAAUAGUGAUGUUUUCCCCCUGAUUGAGAUUGUUGGCUUUCUGCUGGUAUCUACCCCCGGUAAAAGACAGCUGGAUUAAGCAUUAUAACUGUUUACUUCACUUGAAUAAAUUCCAUUUUUAACUGACGUAACAGAAUGAAAGAGCACUCCGCAUUGCAGAAGAUUGCUGCAUUUUUCGCGCUGUUUUUGCGUGCUUCUGGGCACUUUUACAGCGUGGUUGGGAUUGAUUCGCGAGCAGGUUCCUUUACAGAUGUCAGUCUAGAUACUCAGAGCAAAUUUGGAGUCGUUAACAAGAUACUGAAGAAGAUUUCCCUUCCAAGCGAUCUUGCAUGUUCCCAAAAGUGUUUUGCUGAUGAAAAAUGCAUCUUCAAGAAAUUUUCAGAUGAAACAAAGUUGUGCACACUUUACCAAUCUCUUUCAAACACCGAUUUAGCAAUUGACGAAAUCAAAAAAAUUAAGUACAAGGUGAAGUCCAACUGUUUCGACCAUCGUUGUGGCGCUUCGUGUCAGUGUGAGUCAACGUUCAACUACCAAAGAUACGUAUGCAAUUGCAACUUACCAGGAAUAUCGAAAACAUCAGAAAAUUAUGUGUACAGAAAUUGCCAAGAAGCACUUGAAGCCAACAACAACAUCAGUAAUUCAUACAAAGUGCAACCUUCAAUGCAGCAUGGUCCAGUAUUGAUUAAAUGUGUAAUGGAAAGCGACGGCAGGGCCUUCGCCUUGUUCAAUCAUGACACAGAAUCUGAGAGAACGGUUACUGGGUACCCCGACAAAUGUGGAGGAUAUAAGCACUCAUUUGUGUACAGAGACGACAUGGAAACAAUAACUUUGGUCGUCAACAAUUCAAUUCAUUGUGAACAACUGACCAAAGCCAUCUGCAAAGGUGUGGUAUUUGUUGGACAAGGCUGCUCUUGGCUGAUUGGCCGAAAUGCACAGAAGCUGUCCUAUUGGGGUGGUGGACCAGCUAAUGGAACGGGUUGUGCAUGUGGAAUAAGUAAUUCUUGUAUAAAUCCUAGUAGAAAAUGUAACUGUGAUUACAAUGAUAAUAAUUCUGUCCAAAUGGACACAGGGUACGUUGUUGAGAAAGAUGCAUUACCCUUGACUGGUAUUGCUCUUGGAGACACCAUGUCCAGGGAUGUCGAAGUUGUUAAGUAUACUGUUGGACCGUUAAGAUGUAUUUGGUAAUCGAGCAAAAUAAAAUUCAGUUAUUAUUUGACUAUCACUUUAUUAUCAUAAAUUCAAGACACAGUAAUAAGUAGAAAACACAAUAUAUAAUUUUUUACCCUGGGGGGUAUCAGAGCCUCAUGAUCGAGAGGCCUUCGCAUAGGACCACAUUCAUUCAAAGAGGAAUCUUCUGGCAAACUAUAGUUUAUAAAGCAUAAUUUAUUCACCCAAAGAAAACAAAGAAAUGCGUUCUUUUUUAUAAAUUGUUCGGACGAGGCCUUAUCUGAUGGAAUGGCUUUGAAGAUUAAUUAGUUAAAAAACUUGCAACUUCCAUCUUAUUACUGCUAAAAUUAAUAGAAACUUCUAACUUUAAAUAUAAAUGUGACUCGAUGAAAAUUUAUGAAUAUCAUUUUCUCAAAUGGCGGGAUCAAAAUAACUUCCUAUAGUAUGAUUAACUGAAUAAGUAAUCAAGAGAGAAUAAUUCAACUGUGGCCUGAUGAUUGUAUUAUGCGUGAAACUCAGAGUAGCAACUUCGAACCGUUCUGUUUCAUAGUACAAAGCGUGAAUAUGACUCUAAAUCAAAACACACACACUUUUUCUUCCAUGUCAAAACCAGACAUAACUUACAGAAAAGACAUUAUUCCUCAAUUCUGCAAGACUGCUCUGAUCAUUAAAAUUGUUUAGGCGUCUGCCCAAGUUUUACUAGGACAGCACAAUACAGCACAAAAAGCAAGAUAUGCAUGUAUAGUAUUCUAUCCAUCGUGGCAGGAUGUGAAAUGUUCUAUCUGUUGUCUCUAUUGUAUUUUCUUAUGUUUCUCGCUUCUCGAAUCUGCGAGGCUUUGGUGCUAGUCACACUAUACCUGAUUGCUAUCGGAGCGCAGUGACAUUCAUAUCAGAUAGGGGAUUGAGUUAAACCACGCAGGACGAAUCCGGUACACAACGCGCUGAUCAGCGAAGUGCGAAUCACUCCGCGCUGGAGACCCUUACUUUCAAGUUAGGGGUAUGGAGCACAGGCUAAAACUGACUUGCAAGUACCAUAAUUACAAACUAAUAAUGGGCAGAAGGUGUUCGGAUUUUGUGUAGCGUAAAUUUGAAGUUAGGGAUCUGGAACACAGGCUAGUCAGUUUCGGCACUUCUCAGGUUUGUAGUAUUGUGUUCAGAACUUCUGAUCAUCAAAUGCGAGAGAUCUUCAGGAGUUCUAUUUAUAGACCUAUAUCCGAUCGUUGUUACAUAUCUUUCACAGUUGGCCAUUUCAACACUUUAAUCAGAGCAGGGACGCCUGAACGACCAAGGGCAACGGGGCAGGCUUGAGGAAAAGGGCGCUUAAAAAAUAAUUCCCAGAUUUUACUUAUUCCUUCGUAACUGCCAUUAUAUUUCGAUCUUCUGUAGGAAUCUUGAGCAUUGGCUAACUUCAGCAAUAGGAGUCAUUUUACAGAUUUUGAGAAACCAGAUGAAUCAUAUGAAUCAGGAUUUCAUACGAAUCUCUCUAAUUAUUAAAAACGGUUGUUUUCAAGGGCACUUUGAUUAAAAGGGCACUCUGGUCCCCCUUGGCAAGACCGUGGCUUGGACAUAUCUAACUUGUUCAUCCUACGCAAGGUGUUCAGCCAUCGUGCAGGCGUUGGGCUAGCAGGGGCUAUAGCCCCCCCCCCCCACUUUUUUGCAAUAAUAGGUUAGAAAACUUUUAGAAAGUUUAGCUGAACUGUGGAAAAUUUACUCUAGCGGAUCCUUAUCCUGGGUACCAGACACACUAGAUAUAAAAUAAAAUAGAGACACUCUAUUAUUCUAUAUAGUGAGUCUGGUACCCAGGGUAGCGGAUCCUAAGUAGUAGCAGUUCUUCUUGACUGGGUGCGCAUUUUGUUUCAUUUUCUUCGAGGCUUAUCUUGCUAAUCUUUUGUUUGCAAAUAUUUUUAAAAAUGAGCAUUUUCCGGUGUUCUAGAGGGCGUUGUCACAACAAAUGUUCGCUCACACCCAUCUCAGCCAACCCACUUUUAGACUGGUGCGCGGUGCUUGAAGGUGUUUCUCGACUCGCACACUGAGAUACUUUAUACUGCCAACUAGUUGAAGAAGACAGUCAUCGAUCAUAAGUAUAGGAGAAACUACGGUUUUUACUGAUCUAUUUCAGAUUUGUUCUAAAUAUUAUGACUUAAGCCUGGGUUUUAAUUACAUUUAAAGACAGUUUAUUCGUUGUUAAGCGUCUGAAUUAGGUCCUCGAUGCUCUUUGAGGAAUAGGAUAUGUUAGUAUCAUCGGCGUACACGUUACUGUGCAGAUACUCAAGGCAAAUGGCACAUUAUUUACAUAGAUUAAAAAGAAUAUGUGCCUGAGCAAGAGCCUUGCAGGACGCCUAACUGAUGCUACAGAUUCUAGAUUCCGUCCCAUCAACCUUAUGCCUAUUGUUAAGGUAUGAUUCAUUUUAAGGGUCAUUUUGCUCCCAUUGAAUACCGCGUUAGUGAGAAAAAAUCAAAAAAUAAAUUUGCACUUUGCACUAAACAUUGCAAAAGUGCGAUGCAUUGUGUACCAGAAAUACAGAGUUACGAGCAGUCUUAGUGCAACUGUGUAAGAAGGAAGAACCGCAGGAUAGGCUGUCCGCCGGAUUCUGUGAAUCUUGCAAUGAGUAAUAAUACGAAAAUUUUAUUUACUCUGAUGAAGCCCUGUAUGCCGGGGCGAAAUAUUAGUAUUCCUUAAAUUUAAUUUAUUUUGAAAAUUUUAUCUCGUUACAUUGGAUUCUCGUCGUCGUAUUGCUUUGUUCCUGAAUAUCUUUAGUGCAACUGCUACCCCAAAUAUCACUUUAGGGUUUUCUGCUCCGAGAUCAAUCCAGUAUAGAGUAGCUAAGGAGGCAGGUAACCUAUGGCCCGCAGGCCAAAUCCGACCCAUUCAGAGAGUCUUUAGUAGCCCUACAUCUUUCAGAAUUGUCUUACAGAAUUACGUAAUUCUACUUAAAGGCAUUGAGUCAUGGUAAAUAGGCUUUCUCUAUAUGGGGUCAUUUGGUUUCGGCAUGAUCGCUGCUGUUUCAUGUGAUAUUGGCAUCCGUUGUUGACAACUUGCUAUUGAUGGAAACUGUUAUGUUAAUCAGUACGAGAUGAGUUCAUGUGACCAGUUCAAGGUCAACCAAUAGCAUCGCAGUCAUGGAAAUCAUGACUCAGCGGAUUUUGGCACUUUGGGUAUAUCCAGUCUAUUUAUCAUGACUCAAUGCCUUUAAGUCUUACGUAAUUUCGGUGACGUUCAAAUCUCACAGCGUUAGCUGAAAGUCACGCGCACUUAAUCUCUCUUGCCUUUUUUUGAUAUGUUCGUUUUGAAGAAAAGAAAUAUUUCUAACGCUCCAUAUUCAAAUUCACGAAAGCGUGCUGGCUUUCUAGCGAGUUAAUUAUGUACAUUCUGACAAGUAUUUAGUUUUGUAAUUUUAUAAAAAAAUAUCUUUAUAUAUUGAAGUUCUGGUCGGUUGGGGAUCCCUCAGUGAACCAUAGUAAAAUAUAUUAUUUUUCAUACCGAGUCAUUAUUUUCAUUUCUCAUUUGUUUUUAUUUAACGCAUGACAAAAAUACGGUUCUCUUAUGACGGAAUGACCGUAUUAUGAACAAACAUAUGGUAUUUUUUAGCAAAAUCCUGCGACAAGACACCAUACACCGUAGCUCGACAGUACUGAGUUUUAAUAUAAGAUUUUGAAAAAACAAUGCAAAGAAAACAGAGCGCAGGCGGUGCCCCUCGGAAAAUUCAAGUCCAAGCGGCAUGCACUUGAGAAUAAAAACAAGCUGAAGACAACAAAUGAGAACAAAGCCUAAGAAUGGCGAAGGGAAACACAAACGGUUUGCAGGUACUGCAUUGUUGAAGUCAGAAAUCACCCUGGAGCUAACAUGGAGGAUGAAAUUGGCUAUGUAAAACCAGCUGCAAGGAGAAAGCCAGACCCUGGGGCAAAAGCAUCGGCAGGUCUGUCAAGACUGGCAUUUAAGGACUCCAAAAAGAGACGGAAGGGCAAAGCGCCAAACAUAAACCUUCGAAAAUUGAUGCUUUAAAUUGUCCUUUUCGCAAGAACAUCAUCAAUUAUUUAUGUUUGAAUUGCUCGAAAUAAUAAACGUGAAAUAUGAACUGCGAAGAAAAAUCUAUUGCAGUUACAAAAAAGAAAUUUUGAAAUAAUCCACAACCAAAGACACAUCUUCAGUCCCUCAUGUUUGCUCCGAAAGAUCCGUCUGAAAAGUAAAGGAUGACAAAGGAUAAAUUCUUAUCCAGGGGCAAAUCACUGCAAGAUAUAUCAUAUUCUGCUGUAAAAAUCUUCUGAAAAUCUGAGAAAAGGAAUCCCGAUAUGACGAACCCCGGACAUAACGAACUUCCCGGUAUAACGAACUAAAUGUAUGGUCCCUUGGAUUCUGCCUAACAAACUCGUUAUAAAUUCUCUCUGUAUAACGAACCCCAGUUUUAAUGAACUCUUGUUAUUACGAACCAAUUUUUAGGCCCCUCUAUCACAACUUUUUGUUCAUUUAUUUUCGGUGUUCAUUUACCACUUUCUUGGGGGGAAAUCAUUUUUCAAUCGGCAAAACAUGCCAAUGAUACAUUCCAAGCACUGGCUGAUAGACUCAGUGUACGAGAUAAAAGUUUGUUUGCGUCAGAAAUUAUUACAAAUGGGUACUUGGACACUAACGAAUACCCUGUUUCAUAUAAGACAUUGGUAAUAAGUGACGACAAAACUUUAUUGAGAGACCCAGAUGGAGAAGCAGAAAAAGACGAAUAAGGAUGUGAAGUAAUAGAAGACAUCAUUCAUGCACCUACUAGGAGCAAAGUAAUACCAACUUUGCCAAUCUCUUUGUCCUAAAUUAUAAAGGAAAUAUUAAGAUUUUCGUUUUCAAUGACCAGCCAGUUGUAUCAUUUGAAGUUAGAUUGGUUUUUUAGAGUUAAAUGUGCACAGAGGCUAGAGAUAGCCUAAACAAGCCCACCGCAGGUUUUUUCAGGUGUGAACUGCGAAAGGACCCAAAAAAACCUUGUCUCUCAGUAUAACGAACUCCCGACAUAACCAACUAUUUUCUGGUUCCCUUCAGAGUUCGUUAUAUCGGGGUUCCACUGUAGUCUAAGAAAAUCCUCAAAAAUUUCCAAACCUCUAAGGUUUUGCAAAAAUGGUCCCAAAGCGUACAACUGAAUUCAAACCAUGACGUCAUAAAGUAAUAGUUUUAAUGAUUAUUAUGUUAGCAAAAAGUGAAGAUGAUCAUGUUUCAUCUUACAAAGGGUAAUUUUGUUGCUAAAAGUAGUCUGGUUUCAGCCACAUAUCCUAUGGCAAUCUAAAUCCUACCUGAAAAUACACAAUGAAAGAUUUGAAUAAUGUUCGAAAUCUUUAAAAAUUUUAAAAACCAAAAAGAUCUUCAAAAUCUGAGGAAAGUCUUCAAAAUCUUUAUAAGGUGUGAAACCUUUUAGAAUAUCUCGUACACUUUAUUGGAAGUGAUUGGCCCCUCGAUUCGUGUUAUAUUUAUACUCUUAAAUGGGGCAUUGUAGAUUUGUUAUAUUGCAUAAAUUAUUGACAUUUGUUUCUCUAUUUAUUAAGAUCCAUAAGACUCUUUUAGAGAGCCUUAACCUAUUGUUAAUGACCAAUUUGUUCACUGAAAUAGGUUUUAUGUGGUCACUAAUGAGGUAUUGAUCAUUUUUUUACUUUUAUCAGCUAAAAUUUAUCAUUAAAAUUUCACUUGUUCGCUUCGAUUAAUUCUGUUAUUACACU